AUGGCCCACAUCUAUUUGCUUCUGGAAGGAAUGAUGCUCUGCUCCAUUACUGAGUGCUCUCUUGGCCAGAAUUUGUCCGGCAUCCAUAGGCUAGAGAACAGGGAAAUCUUCAUGCUUUUGAGACAGAUAAAAAGGAUCCCCUCUCAUUCAUGCCUAAAGGACAGAACUGACUUUAAAUUUCCUGGGAAAAGAGGGAAUGUCACAGAAACACAGACAUCUCAAGGCACCUGUUACCAUCAUCUGAUGCUCCAGCAGAUCAUCAACCUCUUCAACACAGAGGACAGCCAUGCUGCUUGUAACAAUACCCUCCUCCAUCAACUACUCUCCCGUCUUGAUCAUGGCCUGGAGCAACUAGAGCAGAUGGAAGACGACCAUCUGGCUUGUCCCUAUUUGGGAAGUGUUGUCAGGAAGUAUUUCCAAAGAAUACAUCGCUACCUGAAGGAAAAGGAAUACAGCUCCUGA